AUGGUUGGAUGGCUGAUGAAUGACGAUGAGAAGAACGAUACCGGCAAGUUGCAUGUCCAUAUCUCACAAAAUCGGCACGAGAUUUUCAUAACAUUUGUCGAAUACGAUGCAAGAUAUCUCGCGUAUCUGAAGAAUCCGCCAGUUAAGAACGAGGUAUCGAAACCUGGAAAUUCACAGAGCAAACCGUCUGCGAGUCAAGCGCCUGAGACCGGUGUGCCAUCCUUCCUGACCAUGCAUCAAUAUGGCCCUUGGGAUACUCAACAGCGGUCCCACAUGAAGAACUUGGGCCCCAUCCUUCUUGCCAUCGCCCUUUAUGCUGAAGGCGAGGUCCGAGCAAGACCGAGGUCGCAACGCGGUUAA